AGGAGGAAGUAGUGCUGGUUACUAAAAAGUUACAAUGUUUCAUUGUGUCAGGUGUGCUUCAUUCAUUGUAACUGUCUUCUCCCGAGAUUCCUUCCGAUUGCACAUGGCCGGUAAUUUGGGAAUGCCAGAAAAGGGGCUAAUAGAAAACACCCAGCGCAUCCAUUCGGGCAAUUUGGAUGAAGUACACGAAGUGCCCAUGCGGGUCAUUAUCCGACCUCUUACUUCACAGCUGGAGGAGGACAAGGUGCGCAGUUUAAUGGAGACCAUACAGAACCCCGAUGAGGCUUUCAAAGUCCCUCCAAUUGAUAUCCUUUGGAUCAAAGGACGACAGAAUGGUGACUACUUCUAUUCCUUUGGGGGCUGCCAUAGAUACGCUGCCUAUCAGAGACUUAACAUGAAGACCAUACCAGGGAAAUUGAUCAGAUCUACAGUCUCUGACCUGCGAAUUUAUUUAGGUUCCUCCACUCCUGAUCUUCUCUGAAUGCUGUUGGACUUUGAAAGCAUCCGUAGAAGCAUUGCCUUCCACUUUUGUUUGUAAAAAGGGGCAUGCGGUCAUCAAUUAGUCAUCAUUUGUGCAGAAGCUGCAUUUAUUUAAACGCAGCAUGAUGUCUCACUCUGAAUUUUUUUUUCAUGUGUUCAGUUUUAUAUGUAUGCCUUUUUAUACAAGCUUCCAAGCAGUUGACUGUUUAUACCGUGAGUAAGAAAUCACAAGUCUCUAGCAGUGCCAGUAAUGGUUUCUGGGCUAGCUUAUCUCACCUCAGUUACCCUGAAAAGAUCAUGUGACUUUCUGCUGCUGGGAUUUCUGCAAGCUGUUUGCAGCCAACUGUUGUAGCAGUGACAGCGGUGCUUCAGUAGCCAGGCUACAGUUACAAUUGUUAUAGCCACAUGCCUAAAACUACAUGUUUAACCUACAUUUUUUUAAAUGAAUCUUGCACCAGACUACAUAUUUACUUUAGUUUAUUAACUGAGAGGAUUCAGACUAGUUGCUCAAGGAGAACAUUUCUAAAGAUAAUAAAAGUACCAUUGGUCACAAUACAAGUGUAAACCAUCAGUGUUAAGUACGUCAGUGUUAUCAAAAUGAGCAUUUUACAUUUUAUAAAACGUUUAUUUAUAUGUUCUAAAUCCUCUCUUUUCCUGAAUACUUGUAGUUAUGGUUAUUGGCCCCACAUUUAUGCUGUGUCAUUUAUUUAUUGGCCCUGUGUUUAUGUACUGUGAUUUGUAGUUAUGUUUACUGCUCUUGUGUGUUUAUGCACUUUGAUGUUUAGUGAUUUUCUACUGUGUCAUUAUCGUUUCAAUGAGUUAUAGUGGCACAGUUCUGUCAGGUAACAUGAUUAGAUGCAUGCCAUCUGCUUAUAACAUGUCAGAAUUGAAUUAUCAUACUAUCUGCAUGCUACAAGUAGAAAUUAACUUAAAGUACAACAACAAAACUGCAUAAUGUUUUUCCAUUUCCCAUAACUGCACGGUAGUGAAAUACAUAUACAUAUACAAAUACAGUUGUAAUUCAGAUGGCAAUGUGGCAAAUAAUGACAUGCCCAUAAAUGUAUUCCAGCUGACUAUUCAGAAAGUGGAGCAUUUUUAGUUUUGCAAAUAUUUUUAUUAUAAAUUAUGCAUUGUAUUAUUCUAUCAUUAUUUAGGAUUGUCACUAAAUAUAUGUUUAAUAUUUAUCUUCUUUUUUUGUUAAUUGUUUGGCAACAUGAAAUGUUAAAUCUU